GUAACCUCAACAGGGAUUCCUUGAAAUACAGCCAGCUCUCCUGGACUCCUUUCCCCUUCAUGUUAGUCCCCCAGGGGAUCCUACCCAUCCGCUCCCUGAGGGAGUCGAAGUCUGCUUUCCUGAGAAGACAAGGCUCAGAAACGAGCAGGCCAACAAAGUUCCCCUGAGCUCGCUGGCCCACACCAAACUCUUCCCCCCCCUCAACCUCCUGGGGACUGUUCCCCACCACCGGCCUCUGCGUGUUGCACCAGUGGGGACGGGGCCAGGUCUGGGCAGCAACCUGGGGUAUUUUGGUGCAUUCCAGUUUCAUGACAGCAUGAAACCCACCAGAAACCCAGCAUGAAACCAGAAACCAGGAACCUGAAACCCACCAGAGACGGGGGCGGGGGAGGGUUGUUCAAGCCGGCGCGGUUGCGACGCUUCUCUCCAGGGUCGCGUUCUCGGAGCUGGCACUUAAAAAUGCCUCCACCCUCCCCCAAAACCCCAGCACUCGAGGUAAUUCUCCCACAUUUCGGCUAGGACGUUCGCCCUCUGGCUCUGCCUGCCAGCUCGUGGCUCCCCGCCCCGGACGGGCCCUCCUCCAGUCCAUCCCCAGGACCUUUGCCUACGAGCCACAGAUCCCCCCCUUCCCAUUGAGCCUAAUGUAGAUCAGAGCCACCCCCGCCCACAAGUGGGCUGACCUCCUUUCCCCACAGCCCCACGCCUUACUUUGCUCCACGGUGCCCGGGCAACCGUGAAGAUGGUUUCCCGUGGUUCCAGUCUAGCCUUUUCCAGCGCACCUGGCCAGGGAUGGGUGGGAGGGACAGAGGGGUGCCUGGCCCAUAUGGGGAGAGCAGUGUCACCCAGCCCUCUCCUCCACCACUGACUCCCCCAUCCCAUCCUGGGCUCCCUCUCCUUCCCCUUUUCCCCAGCAAACUAACCCCACUGGCAGCAACAGCGGCUCCUGCCAUGGCACCUACCAGGCUGGUCCAAAUGGGGGCUGGAGCCGCUGACCGCGGAAGGCGGGUGGACCCUGUGGGGCUCAGGACGCUGCUGUCCUGGAUUUGCUCCAUGCUUGUCAAAUGGUUUGCAGGGCUCUAAGCAGGGUCUGAAUGAGCUCCCCGACAUCUAGCGAUGAGCUGGGGCCAAAACCUUGAGGACCAGGCCUUGUUUGCUCAGGCACGCCCACUCUGCCACAAAUCACACUAGUAUUGAGGGCACCGGUAAUGAAAUGUUGUUAUCCCGGUUGUGUGCCCAAAGGGGUGGCAGAACUGUGCUUCGCACGCCCUGAUCGAGGGCUUUCGCCCUCGACGAACGUGCACUGGCUAAGGCUGUGGGCUUAGUGGCAUAGACAUUUUUUGAUCCUCCCUUUCUGCACUGUUUAAAGACAGAGCUGAUUAGACUUGGCUGAGAGUCUUGGGGUUUGUGGCGGGUGAUGGCUAGAGCUGAAAUCACUGAUAACCAGGGCGAAGCAUUAAGCCUUAUACCCAGGGCUGGUUUUAGGGGUGGGUAGGUUGGGUGACUGCCCAGGGGUGCCCCUCCUUGUUCUGCUGCCAUCUGCAGCCCCCACCCCACCCCCUCGGCCAAGCUGCUCCCAGGAGCUUCCUGUCUGCUGUGCAGAGGGUUGCGGGGGCUGAUUUCAGGCUGUUCUCUCCACCCCUGCCUAUGUACCCUGUCUCUGCUGAGCUGGGGUGCGGAACAGGAGUCUGUGCUUGGUACUUAUUACUUGGUACUUCCUGUUGAAAUGCGGAAUGUACAUGUAUUCUCUGGAAUUUUAUUCUUUCAAACUUCGUUAAGGAUUGCAGUGCUGUUAUUUUCGGGUUUUGACUGGUCUGUGCAUUUCAUAAUUAUAUUUCCCCCUAAUGCUGAAAUUUAAUUCUUUGAGUAGCGAGUUCUAAAAUGCCUAACCUGUCCUGGCUGGCGUAAUUAUCAUUAUUACUGUUAUUACCAUCUUGUGCUUUGUCAUUCCUUAUUUAAAACAGUACAAUCAAAUAAUAGUAUCCUUCUAGAAUGUAACUUUGCUAAGGUGAGUACAAGCUAGUGCCAGUUUAAAAAACAUUUGCUAAAAACAUAACUUUAGAUACUGGGCAGAUGAAGGUCACUUAUUUUCAAAUUGUAUUUUUAGUUAUAUCUGUAAAAUAACACGUGUAUGGAAAAUCAGUGAAAUUCCCGGUAUGGUACUAAAAGCAAUGAUGGAGUCCAAUGUUAGGGAGUCACGUACAUGAUUGUGCUCGGGAAACAUAAAUGCCAGAAUAAUUAGAAAAAUAAAUUCCCGUUUUUAAUAAACCCUUAAUCAUGUAUGUUAAAAUUAAGUAUGUUUUAGUGGGGUGAAAAACAAUUGACUAAGAUAAUGGUAGUAACACAGAGUGUGUCUGUUAGAGAAAGUAAACAGAUUUUAAUCAGAUUUAUUUAUUUGUAUUUAUCUCUGCUAAAGAUAGUGUAUAAAGCAGCGAUUUUCAAAUGUGACCACCAUGGCCGCAUGUGGCCACCAGGGGCUUUUCUUGUGGUCACAGUGUCCGGGGGGGCAAAGCAGCCACCCCUCCCCUUCCCUGUUGCUCCUGGAUGCGCCAUCUUGAUGUUGGCCGCUGGGGCUGCCAGCCGGGGUUGGGCCCUGCCGCUGCCCCCCUCUGGAAACACCUGGGGCACAACACUGGAGGAGAAGGCAGACUGUGAAUUUCCUGCUUUCCCGGGGGUGGUGGGGCUUGGGCUUCAGCCCUGGGAUUGUGGGGUGGCAGGCUCUGGCCACAGGGCUUUGGACUAUGGCCCCGGGGCUUCAAGCCCCUUCUGGGGGCCCCAUCCCCCGGGCUUCAGGCUCUGGCUCCCUGCUGCCUCCCCCACCUCUCAUCGCCCCUGGUCCCUGCUGCCUAACCAUCGACCUCCCCAUCCAGGGCUUAAUUUGUCCCCAGGCUUCCCAAGGCUGAGUUAGUCUGCUGUGAAAAGUGAUACCUGUAUGUUUGUUAAUAUCACUUUUCACAGCAGCAGACUUCCUAGCUAGCAAUAAUUAAAUUACAAUGAUUUUGAUGUGCGUAUGUAUUAAUUAGGGGAAAUUAUCAGAGCGACCAGCAGCCGCACUCUGAGGCCACCAAAAAAUUUGUCAUGAGACCCUCUGGUACAAAGUAUCAAACGUGUGUUUCUGAUAUCAGUGUUAAAGCACCAGACCUGAUACCUCAAGGUUUGGGAUUGGGAACAUUUUGCUGUAUUAUCUCCUGAUUGUUCUAAAUUUAAAUAGAAACUUUAAACGAGGCUUUAAUUGGUGUUUGUAUAUAUUUUUUUCUUUCUCUAUAUAACAAUUAGAUACAGAGCUCCUGUCAGCUAAUUCCUAAGUUGUUAUCUGCAAAAGCCCCUAGAGUCUUCAAGCGCCUAAGCAGUCCCUGGAAUCAUGGUUAAAGUUUCCUUCCACUCCUGAAAAUCUGAAAUGGCGCCCUGGUGAGCCAGGCCAGAGGGCUGCAGGAGGGCCGUGGGCUCUGGCAAAAUGCAGCCCCCACGUGACAGCGUGAAGCCUUGAGCCACAUGCCGAGCACCAGGCAUCACAAGCCACAGCAGCAGUGCAGACGUGAGGGUGGCAAUACACCAUAUGCCAGGCCCCCCUUACAUCUGCGCUGCUGCUGGCAGCGAUGUCUUCAGAGCUGGGCGCCCGGCCAGCACCCACGGGUAUCAGGCCGCGCUGCCAGUGCUUAAUUUGUGCCAGGGCUGAGCUCUGGCAUCUCUUUCAAUACAAAUUAAGCACUGGGGGUAGGCAGUGGGGCCCAGAGGUGAUGGGGGAAUGGGGAGCCCAUGGGAGCCAGGGAGGGGUAAUGGGGGCGGGCGUCAAAAUACAAGUUCACCCAGGGCACCAUUUUCCCGAAGGCCGACCUUGCUUACCCCUGCUGUGGUACAAUAGUCCUGUGGAAGAAUCUGCCCUAGCCAUGAGGUUCCCUCACUAGCCACUGAAAUCCCAGAGAGCCGGGGGGAGCCUCAAGGCACCGAGAGGCAGGUGGCAGCAGAAACUGAUGGAGCAGGGCCAUCGCCGGCACGGCAGACGGCGGCGCAGUGGUGACAGCAAAGGAGGCGCUGCUCCACGUUCCCCUCCGGUGGGAGAUGAACUCACGUGAACGCACCUCUGACCUGGUCUGACCUGGUCUUCGCGGACCCAGGGCAGCAGCGGUGAGUGGGGUGCGGCAGGGGGGAAGUGGGAGCAGGGUGUUAAAGGGGCAUUUGUCCAUCAGACUUUCACGCUGCGCGGUGAGAAAUUGAGGCCAAGGACGCUGUACUCGGAGGCAGGGGUUUUUGCUGAGCACUGAUUCAGGGUGUCGAGAAUCUGGGGCUGGUGUGUAUUUCCCCAGAUUACUGGCUGGGGGCUCGAGCCGGCUCUGCGCUGGGUUGUUAAGAGGGACCCCUGGGUAUGGAACCCCGCCCUUGUUGCUGCCGACUCCACAUGGCAGCAGGGUUCAGUUACCACAGGAUACGCUGUGGUCACAGGCCGUUUAGCCCCCCAUCCAUUGACGGGUCUGACAGCUCCACGGUGAGAAGCAGCAAGUCCCUCAGAGGCUGCCUGUGCGGGUGGGUCGAGGACGAAAGCAAACUGCAGGUGAUUCUGUAUUUGUUUCGCUUCCACCCUGGUUACAGGAAAUUGGUUACACAGUCUUAGAAGCAGCAGAGGUUUCAGUAAAUUUGUCCCGAGGCCAGAUCCUCGUGACAGAGCUGGGCUGAUGGAAACUCCUCGGUCACAUGCAGGCAUGAUGCAGUGUUUGGAGACAUCUGCAAACCCCCGUGCUUCCCCCAUCGCAAUGGGCUCAUUGGGAAUUCCCUUAGCUCAGGGAUUUAAAAACCCAACAAGGAGCGACUGAUAUUCAGAGCAGGCUUCAGGAGGCCACACUGCCUGUGCCCGUCCCCCAUUUCCUGACUGCGACUCUCUCUGGGCUCUCUGUCUGCCAGGAUCCAGCUGGGCUGCGCCGGGCAAAUCUGAGUCUCUACAGCGUGUAAUGUGCCCUGGCCUUUGUUCCCCAAUUUUCCUGUUCCUUGUGUGGGGGGCUCAUUGGGGUGAGUAUCUCACUUGCUAGCCCCUGCUGUCCUGUCCUGCCCUGUUUACAAACCACGGAGAGUUUCCCAAGCUCUCUUGUAGCUCCCGAGCUCGGCUUCGGGGCAGACACUCUAGUGCCCAACAGUGGGGGAAGUGGUGUUAUUGAACACUAACAGGAAACUGAGUUGAUAUUCGUUCAGCUCUCUAAAACCAUUUUGAUUAAGAAACCUCCUCUUAAUCACACCCUGCCCAUUUGGUGCUAGAGGGUCAUGACUUGAUGGUGAUAUUGAGUGUUUCACGAAAAGCCCAGCUCUUGCUGACUCUGAAUUACAGAAGAAUUAUUUGGUUAAAAACUAAGAUUUCCGCCCCCACGUUUGUGGAGAAAAGCUUGGAAACCCAAGCAGGCCGGGAUGUGGAUUUUUGUUGCCAAGAAAAACGUCAGUAGAAAAGUUUGGGGUUUUGCUGAAAUUUUUCCUCAGAAUUUUUGGGGCAUUUUCAUUGAAAACCCUGAAAACUAGAAAACUGAAAAUAUUUUUGCUUGUGACUGAAAUUUGGGGGAUUUUGGCUGCCCAAAACCAUUCAGCUGUUGGGGACGGGGUGGGGACGUGUUCAUUUAAACCUCAGAAGCCAUUUUUUGUUUGAAAACAACAUUUCAGACCAAACUUACGACCCACUCUAGUGCAAACCCGACCUGGGUGCAACCCGCGGCUCAGAAGGCCAAUGAGCAGAACAGCAAGUGUAUUAUCAGUUACAAUCGCCUGAUUUUUAAGCUGAGCUCAUGACUUUUGGGGGCCUGAAUCAUGAGGGUUUGGGGCAGGUGAUACGGAACUCACUGGGCCCCCCAGUGUUCAAACUUCUCCCCAGCCUUUCUGUUUCGGUGUCAGUCAUGUCCAUGCUAGGGGAGAGAGCAUCAUGGAGAUCCUUUUCUCGUCCCUCCACCAAUUUGCCCCACUGCCAUAUAGGGAGAUGGCAGGAGAUCAAGCUCUGGAGCCUGUCGAGCCUUCAGCCUCUGCUGCUAAGUAAAGGGCCAGUUGGGAGGGUGGUUUCCUUGGCGUGGACAUGUGAGCCACUAACUGACCUAAUGGCUGACAUGUGAAAGGCUCCAUGUCCUGGUCCCUUGAGCAUGUCAGCCCAUGUCCCCUUUCAUCUCUUCCUGCCCCAAAGCUCCCACCCCAUUUUGGCGCUAACCCCCUGGGGUUACAGAGGUCCCAGGGCAGGGGGAGGCUGGGCAGUGGCCAGGAUCUCUGUCCCUGACUCUGUUUCCCUUUCAGGGCUCAUCACAGCCGAGUCGCCCAUCACUGCUCAGUUCGGGAGGGACGUCACCCUGAGCUGCCUCUUCCAGUCCCAGCCUGGGAUGAACCUCCAGCACCUGACCCUCACCUGGCAGAAGGAGUGGGUGGGAACAGAGGACCUGGUGGUUCAUAGUCACUAUUAUGGGAAGGACCAGCUGGUGAAACAGGACGAGGCUUAUAGGAACCGGACCUGGCUAGAUCCAGAGGGGCUGGCCCGGGGGAACGCGUCCCUGAUGCUGAGGGGCGUCCGCACGCAGGAUGAGGGUGUCUAUCACUGCCACGUCACCUCGGAGCAGGGGACAACUUCGGAGACGAGGCAGGUUACAGUGAUGGCACCCUACAGUGAGCCUCAUCUGACCCUUGACCCCUCGUUUCGGCUCGACCACACUCUUUUGACCUUCAGCUCAGGGGGCGGGUACCCCCGAGCAAGUGUGGUGUGGAGGAACAGGAUGGGAACCAACCUGACAGAGCUCAGCAGUACUACAGAGUCCGUGGACGCCCAGGGCCUUUACACCCUGCGCAGCGAGCUGGUCGUGCCCGUGGGGCAGAGCUCCAACCUCACCGUGUUCCUGGUGACAGCACACGGACGGGAGACCCCCGUGCAGCACGUCACAGUGGCAGAAGGACCCGGGCAGAGAUGCAGCCAUGUCUGGCUGCUGGUGGCCUGUCUGGGUGCCGUGACCCUGUCCGUGAUAGUGGCUGCAGGGAUCCUUCGCCCUCCCAGCCGUGGGACUUGUGGACGCUGCUCAGAGAGUCGCUUCGCCGGGACGAGGGAUGUGGAGGAUCCUUCACCCCAGGGCCAGCUGGGCCCUGGCACCUGCCCAGCCAUGGGUACACCCAGCACCGCUCUCAGGGCUGAUCUUCUGGCGGCUCCCUCUGGCCUCCCUUCAUGCCAAGACUCUGUAGGUGGAAGCCAGGGGUCUCUAGACCCAACAGCCGCACUUUAUAGCAAGGACAGCGCAGUUCAAUGGUCAGCACGGAGCCACUGCACCAGGGCUUGCUUUUGUCCCUGACCCCUGUGACGGGAGAGCUCCCUGCCCGGCGGGGACUGACCCAUGUCACUACAACAGGGCUCAUACACUGCGGCCCCCACAGGGGAACCUAACCCCGCCCAUGCAGGGCAGCUCUUUGUCCCCCUCUAAUCACUGCCCCACAUCAGAACGUUUAGUGAGACCCCUGCGGGGCUAGGGCCAAAGGCUCAAAGGUAUUUAUACAGCCAGUCCACCCCCCCAUGCAGAGGUGGGACCACGUAACCCUAGAGCUGCCCUGACAGGGGUUUGUCCAGCCUGGGCUUAGAAACCUCCAGUGGCAGGGAUCCCACGACCUCCCUUGGACACAGAGUCCAGAGCUGAACUCCCUUGGGAGCUAGCAAGUGGUUCCUGAUCUCUACCCUUACUCUCCCUGGCUGCAGGUUAAGCCCAGUGCUGCAUCUCCUGCCUCCAGUGGAAAUGGAGAACAAUUUAUCACGGGGGGCAGGAGGGAGACCAAGGGAUUGGGGCGGGUAGGAGGUGGACUGGGGAGUAUAAAGUAGUAAGGAUGGGAUGGAGAGCAAUAGGAUGGCAGCUCCCCCACCCCAGGCUUAGCGGAAGGACAUGACUCCCAAACUGCCCCCGAGCUGUCCCCAGAAACUCUGUGUGUGUUCGGUUCCUGGCUGGAGCACCCCCAACCCUCCUACACGGGGCGCCGGCAGCCUCCCCUGGUGGCCCCGAGGGCAGAUUUGACUAUUUAUUUAUAAUGAUUUAAAAUCUCAUAGAAUCAUAGAAUAUCAGGGUUGGAAGGGACCUCAGGAGGUCAUCUAGUCCAACCCCCUGCUCAAACCAGGACCGAUCCCCAAUUAAAUCAUCCCAGCCAGGGCUUUGUCAAGCCUGACCUUAAAAACUUCAAAGGAAGGAGAUUCUACCACCUCCCUAAAUAACGCAUUCCAGUGUUUCACCACCCUCCUAGUGAAAAAGUUUUUCCUAAUAUCCAACCUAAAUCUCCCCCACUGCAACUCGAGACCAUUACUCCUUGUUCUGUCAUCAGCUACCACUGAGAACAGUCUAGAUCCAUCCUCUUUGGAACCCCCUUUCAGGUAGUUGAAAGCAGCUAUCAAAUCCCCCCUCAUUCUUCUCUUCUGUAGACUAAACAUCCCCAAUUCUUGCAGCCUCUCCUCAUAAGUCAUGUGUUCCAGUCCCCUAAUCAUUUUUGUUGCCCUCCGCUGGACUCUUCCAAUUUUUCCACCUCCUUCUUGUACUGUGGGGCCCAAAACUGGACACAGUACUCCAGAUGAGGCCUCACCAGUGUCGAAUAGAGGGGAACAAUCACGUCCCUCGAUCUGCUGGCAAUGCCCCUACUUAUACAUCCCAAAAUGCCACUGGCCUUCUUGGCAACAAGGGCACACUGUUGACUCAUAUCCAGCUUCUCGUCCACUGUAACCCCUAGGUCCUUUUCUGCAGAACUGCUGCCGAGCCAUUCGGUCCCUAGUCUGUAGCGGUGCAUGGGAUUCUUCCGUCCUAAGUGCAGGACUCUGCACUUGUCCUUGUUGAACGUCAUCAGAUUUCUUUUGGCCCAAUCCUCCAAUUUGUCUAGGGCCCUCUGUAUCCUAUCCCUACCCUCCAGCGCAUCUACCUCUCCUCCCAGUUUAGUGUCAUCUGCAAACUUGCUGAGGGUGCAGUCCACACCACCCUCCAGAUCAUUUAUGAAGAUAUUGAACAAAACCGGCCCCAGGACCGACCCUUGAGGCACUCCACUUGAUACCGGCUGCCAACUAGACAUGGAGCCGUUGAUCACUACCCGUUGAGCCCGACAAUCUAGCCAGCUUUCUAUCCACCUUAUAGUCCAUUCAUCCAGCCCAUACUUCUUUAACUUGCUGGCAAGAAUACUGUGGGAGACAGUGUCAAAAGCUUUGCUAAAGUCAAGGAACAACACGUCCACCACUUUCCCUUCAUCCACAGAGCCAGUUAUCUCAUCAUAGAAGGCAAUUAGAUUAGUCAGGCAUGACUUGCCCUUGCUGAAUCCAUGCUGACUGUUCCUGAUCACUUUCCUCUGCUCUAAGUGCUUCAGAAUUGAUUCCUUGAGGACCAUGAUUUUGAAGCCCAGCUCUUGAUUUCCAGGACCUGCCUCGUGGGUUUCAGAGGCAGAGGAUUGGCUGGGGUGGGUGGCAGGAACUCACAGGAUUUGGGGACAGUCAGGAAGUUAUUGCACAUAAUGUGCAGCUAUUGGUACUUAUUUAUUUCUGCUGGCAGACAGAGCGAUUUUCUUCAAAAGAAACAAGGCUUUCAAAAAUGUAUAUUUUUAAACUAAAUCUAUUGGGUAUUCUUUAAAAGAAACAAAGAGAAAUGUAUUUGUAACCUGCGACCUUAUUGACAUAAACUGUAACCGUAUAGAUCAUUGUUGCAACCACUGUUAUAUAUUUGCAGCCAAUAUUGUACAAAGGUUGUUGUGUGAGGUGUCUAUGAAGAGGUUACAGUUUGCUGGUUAUAAUUAUGCUAGCUGUAUGUGUGUGUCAUUUGGGUAGCUGAAGUUAUGAAUAUGGCUAUGUAUUUGUAUAUCAAUGUGUUUUGAUUCUAAGUAGCUUCAGUGAAGCAUUUGGUCAGCUUCUUGAGAAGGGACUAUUCUCAGUAAGUGCCCAAUCAAGAAACACUUAAUUGACAAUGGAUUUUGGGGGAUGCCAAUCCACAUCUGAGCUUUCUUGGGAAUGUUCAAACUAACAUGUAAACGAUGGUGUCGGCCUGCAAACCGAUUCAUGCAUGGACAUGUGACUUGCCCAUGUGACUCCAAGCUCCAUCUUGCUGCUGUAAUUUUCCACAGCCAAGAACAAAGAGGUGUCCUUCCACCUGGAAGAGACUAUAAAAGGCAGCUGCCUCAUCUCCAUUUUGUCUUCUGGAGGAACCUUGCUGCAAACUGAAGCUCUGAACAAAAGACUGAAUGACCCAUCCCAGCUGUGCUUGUUCUCCAGAGACUUGAUUUGAACCUGAAGUUUAUUCCAUCACUGCUACAAGCCUGAACCAAGAACUUUGCCAUGACUGUAUGUCAUUGAUUCCAUUUAACCAGUUUUAACUCUCAUCUAUAUUUCUUUCUUUUUAUGAAUAAACCUUUAGAUUUUAGAUUCUA